ACUGCAUUGGACAUUUUCUUUUUCUCUUUCACCCUAUUCAUGCGGGGGCGCAGUAAACCGGUGACUCGGGCAUACUCCUCGGUCUGACUGAGCCCGAGCUUCCGCCCCGGCGGACAAGAUCUUGGGAUAUCUCGGCUUGACGAUCAUCUUUCCUUUUCAGAGAUAGCAGACUGAACCACCCCCGCCCGCAAAUUCGAUGGUUACUUUUCCCUCGGGCAGAUCGUUGUGCAGCUUGCGCCGAUGUGCCACCGACACGACGUCACCGCAACUUCCCGUUCCCGACAGUUGAUUUACCCACUGUUUAGGUAUUCACCCAUCGGCUCCUUAUAUGGCGGGCGUGUCAAAGCCGCCGUACGUUCGUUCAAGUGUCCCGCCAGUGGCAGUGGACCCCAGUGACGCUCACUUGGGACAGUAAACAAUUCGUUCUUGCCUAAACACACGAUCGGAUACCUGUUCCCGAUGGCUAACCUCCAUCCCUCCCGGCCUGGGACGCCGGGUUCACAGCAGAGCAACCCGUCAAGCGGUGGGACCCGCGAUCCCUUCAGGGACCCGUCCCAGACGUCGUCUCCUACGGCUGGUUCAAGGACAUCGCUUGACGCACCCGGCCCUGCCCCAACACGACCACUGCCGGUUGUACAGCGGCGAAGGCGAGAUGAGGAUGAUAUUACUCCUGCUCCAAGGCCUGGAGAGACCCUCAACGCGAAGACGGGUCAUCCCUCCGGCUCAGACGCGGACGUCGCGCAGGGAGCAAUCCCUGCUGCCGCCACCGCUUCCGACCCGGAAAAGGGGGGCGUGACGGCAGCAGAAACGACAGACACGCCCAAGAAAAGCCGCAACCCUUUCAAACGCAGCUACGGCGCGUUCCGGCGAACGUACUGCCCGCUCGAGGAACCGGGCCUCGUCUUCCCGACGGGCCCAACCGACAAGGAAAAGCUCGAGUACAUCAGCACGAACCGCAUCCCCCUCUACAUCUUCGGCGUCAUCUCCUUCCUGACCCUCUCCGCCGGCAUGUGGCUCUUCGCCGUCAGCUCGCCCAUCUUCGCCUGGUACGGCGUCUUCGUCGGCUUCCUCAACAUCUACCUGCUCAUCUCCUACUUCGUCGGCAUCAUCGGCCGCGACUGGGACUACGCGGCGCACCAGGCCCUGGUCGCCCAGCACCCCAUCACGCCCGACUCCGCGCCCACCGUCGAUGUCUACCUGCCCUGCUGCGCCGAACCGCUCGAGAUCCUCGAGAACACCUACCGCCACAUCCUGCGCCUCGACUGGCCCGCGCCCAAGCUCAGGGUCCACGUCCUCGACGACGGCGACCAGCCCGCCGUGCGCGCCCUCGCGGCCCGCUAUGGCUUCGAGUACAUGGUGCGCGACGACCGUCCGCGCCUGCGCAAGGCGGGUAACCUGCGCUGGGCGUUCAGUCGCACCGAGGGCGAUUUCUUUGCGAUUUUUGAUGCGGAUUUCUGUCCGCGCCCGGACUUUCUCCGGGAGCUCGUUGUCGAGCACCUGGCGGAUGAUAAGACGGCGAUUGUGCAGAGCCCGCAGUACUUCCGCGUUACGGAUGACCAGACCUGGGUUGAGCAGGGCGCGGGGGCGACGCAGGAGCUGUUUUACCGCGUCGUGCAGGUGAACCGGAACCGGUGGGGGGCGUCGAUCUGCGUGGGUAGUAAUGCGGUCUAUAGGAGGGCUGCGCUGGAGGAGGUGGGUGGGACGGCAGAGAUUGGGUUCUCGGAGGAUGUUCAUACUGGGUUUGGAGCUGUGGACCGCGGCUGGAAGGUCAAGUAUGUCCCGCUGUGUCUGGCGACGGGCAUCUGUCCGAACACACCGCGCUCCUUCUUCUCGCAGCAGAUGCGCUGGGCGCGCGGCAGCACUACGCUGCUUACCACCAAGCACUUUUGGGUGUCGAACUUGACGUUUAUGCAAAAGAUUUGCUAUCUCUGUGGUCUCCUUUACUACUCGGCCGUCUCGCUCGGCAUCUUCAUCUCGCCCAUCCCGGGCACCCUCCUUUUGUUCUUACGCCCAGAGUGGUUCAAGUACUACAACCUGGCCUUUGCCAUCCCGUCCAUCAUCUACGGCUCGCUGCUGUUCCGGUUCUGGGCCAAAGCCAAAUACGGGUUCAACGUGCAGCACAUCAUGGUGGUGCAGUCGUACGCCUACCUGACGGCCAUCAAGGACCGGCUGUUCGGCAUCGAGCUGCUCUGGGCGGCGUCGGGCGACAAGAAGGCCCACAAGAGCCACAAGUACCGCAACAUGCGCAUCCUCUGCUGGCUGUGGACGAUCGUCUCGGUCGGGGGCGUGAUCGCCGCCGUGACCUACCGUUUGGUGACGGGAUUCCCGUGGUACCACACGAUCCCGCUGUUGGUUCUCAACGCGUACAACCUCUACAUCACCCACUAUUUCUUAUUCUGUUCGUGGCGCUGGUAGGUGCGGGGAUAGAGAGGCCCGACCGCCCACCCCGUGGCGCGGUUCGAUCGGCUAUGCAUGCGGCUUAGAAGAUCAGGGGUUCAGAUUGCUGAGGUAUUUGACGACGGCCGGACCGGGGAGAAACAAACAACAUCAUAUUAAUUUCUAAUGACAUAUUGACCUAAGGAUGAACAUAGAUACGUAGUCAGGGCAUCUAAUCGAAAUAUUUAAUCC